AUGGCAGAUAAAAGUCUACCCGCUGUUUUGGACAUCGGGACUGACACGUGCAAAGUUGGAAUGGCCAAAGAGCGAUUACCCAGUGCCGUUAUUCCUACGAUCGUCGGAGAGAACACUCAACAAAGCACUCUGGUUGGCAUGGACGGUCAAGACUACUACGUCGGGGACGAAGCCAAACCCAGGCUUGAUUUAGUUGCCAUCUCGCACCCAGUCGAAAGCGGUGUUGUUACUAACUGGGAUGACAUGGAGAGAAUCCUGCGUUACAUCUACGAAAACAAACUCCGUGUGUCUCCUGAAGAACACCCUGUUCUCGUGACUGAAGCUGUACUGAACUCCAAGCACAACCGUGAGAAGAUGGCGACCUGCUUGUUUGAGACCUUCAACGUUCCCGCCAUGUACGUGGCCAUUCAGGCAGCUCUCUCGCUCUACUCAUCUGGUCGCACCACCGGUGUUGCCGUGGAAAUUGGCGAUUGCGUCAGUCAAAUCGUUCCUAUCUACGAAAGCUAUACUCUUCCUCAGGCAAUCCAUCGCUUCAGACUGGCCGGUAGGGCUCUUACUGAUGGGCUCAUAAGACUUCUCAACGAUCGUGGUUACACAUUCCCCACCACCGCUAAACGCGACAGUGCUCGCGACAUCAAAGAGAAGCUCUGUUAUGUGGCUCUAGACUUUAAGGAUGAGAUCAGCAACGCCACCAGUUCGCCUCUAAACAAGGAGUACAGGUGUCCCGAUGGUGAAGUCAUCAACGUUGGCGACGAGGCCUUCCGCUGUCCUGAAGCCCUCUUCCAACCCAAACUCAUUGAUUACGAGUGUCCUGGCAUUCACAAAAGUAUUGUUGACUCGAUCAAAAUCUGCGAUUUGGACACCAGAAAGGACCUCUACGCUGGAGUACUCAUAUCCGGUGGUUCCAGCAUGUUUCCUGGGCUCGCUAGACGACUAAAAAAGGAGCUGACAGCGAUGGUGCCGGCCACAGUGGCGGUCAAUGUUUGCGCUCAACCUGAGCGAAAUUACUCCGUGUGGACAGGUGGCUCCAUUCUGGCAUCUCUGUCCACGUUCCCGGAAAUGUUGAUCAAGCGGAAGGAAUACGACGAAACAGGUCCAAAUAUUGUCCAUGAAAAAUGCUUUUAG